AUGGCGGAAUAUUUGAAACUAGGUCACAUGCGGAAGGUGGAGGAUGAUGCUCUGAACGGGAGUAAGCGGUGCUACUUACCACAUCAUCCAGUUGUGAAGGAGGCCAGCACAACUACAAAGGUGAGGGUUGUCUUCGACGCCUCGUGCAAAACGUCGAGUGGGAUCUCCCUCAACAAUACACUACUGGUCGGGCCAGUCAUCCAGCAAGAUCUCCGUACAAUAGUUCUCCGCAGUCGUACCCGUCAGGUGAUGCUGGUAGCGGAUGCGGAAAAAAUGUAUCAGCAGAUUAAUAUGAACCCAACGGAUAUUCCACUGCAAAGUAGUUUAUGGCGGUUCGAGACAGACGAAACGUACGGGAUGAAACGUACGAGCUUACGACGGUGA